AUGAAGGGGGGGACGGUGCCUACAUGGCUAGAGCUACUGCUUGCAACACAGUUCUUUGCAAUAUGCACCAACCAUCUCUCCUCUACUCGCAAUGAGUGUAACCUGUUUUGCAUAGAUUGUGAGGAAUCAAAGGCUGCCUUAUGCUAUUAUUGCUGUUCACACCAUCAUUCUACCCAUCGAGUAAUCCAGAUAAGGCGGUCAUCAUACCAUGAUGUGGUCAGGGUUGCCGAGUUAAAAGAUGUACUUGAUAUCAGUGAUGUACAAACAUAUGUGAUCAACAGUGCAACGGUUGUAUUUCUUAAUGAGCGCCCACAACAACGUGGUUGUGGUGUUUCUGUGGUCAAGGCAUCAUCAUCAUCAUCAUACAAUUGUGAGAGUUGCAAUCGUGCUCUUCUUGACCCAUUCCGCUUCUGCUCCCUGGGUUGCAACCUUAAAGCAAUCAAAGAGGAUAUGAGGACAAGCAUUCCAACUAGAGAUAUUAUUGACUAUACAAGAAAGGAUGAUGAUACAGAUUGCAGUACCACAAGUGGAAAUACUGGAAACAAUGAAGAGAGUUGCAGCGAUGCAGAUUAUUGCAACGAAAGACCAUCUCCACCAAGGGUUAUUCGUCACCGCCGAAAGGGGAUCCCUCAGCGUGCACCUUUUUAUUGA